AUGUCAGGUUACAAGCUUUACUAUUUUGCAAUCCGCGGUAGAGCAGAAAUCGACAGAUGGGCAUUUUCAGCUGCUGAAAUUGAGUUCGAAGACAUUCGAUUGAAUCGAGACGAAUGGGUCAAGGAAAAAGAGUGUAAGUAAAAAGAAUAAGAUCAAGUUGGUGAAUUUCAUUCGAAAGCUUAAUUGAUUGUCCUCUGAAUUUUGGUCUAGUUCUCGGUGAAAAUCAAUUAAAAGUUAUGGAAAAUGAAACAAACACUACACAGUCGCGUGCUUUGCAGACAACAAUUUUAUCGGUUUCGUGACAGUGAUAGUUGUCGAAAACGAAUUUCGUUCGAUUGCAAGAUGUGGUUUCCGUUUUGUACCUGUUGAUAUUUAAAACGGAUAUUGAACGGUUUUGUUUCUAACUCCAGGACACUUUGCUUCGUGACGAAUGUCACCAUAUUAUUAUUAUAACUAGGUAUACCUAUCGAUAGAGUGCCAACGAACAAAUCAUGCGUAAUUUGCUUAGGAAUAAAAUUCCUUUUUUCCCAUUUGACCGUUUCUUGGUCCCUUCCUGUUGCAAGGAUUAUUUUCUUGAAAAGUUCUCAGAUUCAGUCUGGUGGCUUUACAAACCUGCUAUGUAAAAGUGUGAAGUGCCUUGAAAGAAUAAAGUCAGCUUUGCAGAGGAAGCGAUCGAGAAUAUUAUUAAGACCAGCUACAAAUCUACUGUCGGUUCGGUUUCACAUUGUUGAUAAAUAUUUGCACAGUUUAAUCAUUUAAACCUCCUUUCAAAUUUCCCGAGGCUUUUUGUUAUCGGAUUGAAACUUAGAAUGAUUCGCUGGGCCAUCUGAAAUGUUUGCAAGGACAUGCGAUGUACGGCACGUCGGUAUUUAAUUUUAGUUCAUUAUUUUUAUACUGAACUCGGCCACGUUUCGAAAAAAAUGGCGUUGUUUUCUUUUCCUUUGUCGUUCGCUUUAGGCUUGUAAUUCGUUUUUGUUCUCAUUGUUUUUGUUUGCUGGUUAGAUUUUUUCCCCAACACCAGAUUUUCCAACAGAAGCGACUGCAUUCUUCGUUUGUCAAGCUUUCCCUAUCUCCUCGUGUAAUCUGAUCCUUUUUAGUGGUGAGAAUAUUGCUUGCUGCACAUAGAACACUUUUGCUGUUUUACAAACUUCUCUUCGUUAAAACUUAACAUUAUGGCCCCUAAAAUUAAUAGAAUAUAUCAAGUGCUCAUGUCUCUUGACUGCGGUGGCCGGGUUUGACGAAAACAUUUAGGUAAAUAAACACAGGAAGUCACGACGGCGGGAAGUGUGUGAAAUUUUGUUUGUUAUUCAACUUGAGCCCGUGCGCCAGGUACGGGGGAGGGGGCAGUUAAGAAGGGAUUGUUAUGAUGUUUUGACAAAAAACAGAGGAAGUGGCCCCCCCAAAAAAUUCUGAAGCCAGAAAGGAAUGUCAAUUUUGCCAAGGGGAACUCCCCUAUUUGGCCUCAACCACUAUGUGCUGCUGAACAAGGUAUGGUUUUCAGGGUGUUGGGUCUUGAACAGAUCAGGUAUACAAUUUCACUUUUUAGCCUUUUGUACGAGGUGCCGUUUUGGACUGCAAGCCUCAAAAUGAGUGUGAAUUUUGGCAUAUUGAUAUCAUGGGUGACAGUGACAAUUCACCAUGACAAUGGUGGGCUUUUGAGUUGCUUAUUGUGUGAAGAACUCCAUGCACUGUGAAGUCUAAACAUCUAUAACUGGAAUCUCCAAAUUCUCAAUCUAGAGAAAACUCACAAUUCUCGCCCCUUCCCAAAUCGUUUAUUUGUCUAUAUCUCCCAGAAUCUAUACGAGGUAUGUGACCAAACCCAACCAGGGUGUCUCUCUCUUGUGCGCCCUCUCCUAGGAGAGAUUUGUGGGAAUCAGGUUGAUCCUGGCACUAAAAUAAUACAGAAUGUUGUCAUGGCGAUUUGCCAUUUUUACAUGUAAAAUCCUAAACGUUGAAAUGUUGCUGCAAUAAUAUGGAGUAAUUUGUCACCCAUGAUGUUGUAGUAGAUUAAAUCUUUGAAGAUAGCUGUUUUUUCCCCUUCCAGAGGAUGGGAGGGGCUGGUCGUCUGCAUUCAAGGGUGCCAGUUGCAGCCGCUAUCAAUCAAUUUAUGAGCUUACUCCGUGUAAGCCGUGAAAGGUAGACCACACCCACCGGGGAAACUUCCCAAUAAACCAAAUAAAGAAGGUUUAAUUAGAUGUAUUUCUGGCUUUUUCGGCGUGAAUUCAAUUCAUUGAUUUAGUCGGGUUUUUGUCUCUAUGGCGUUACCCCUCGUAACAAGCUUGGGAUGCCUUUGGAGAUAUUAGUAAUUUUGCCAUCAUCUAAUUCGAAGUUAAAUAAGGUCUCUGAUUGAUUGAUUGAUCGUUAAUUGUUGUUGUUUUCAGCUGGCAGACCACCACUUGGUCAGAUGCCAUUUCUCGUGACUCCUGAAGGAAAGAUCCUGGCACAAUCUGGUGCAAUUAUGAAAUACAUCUGCAAGAAAUCAGGUAUUAAAGAAGUAAUGUCGGUAGUGGAGCUACGUCUAAAUAAGAGGACAGAAAGAGCUGGAUGUAUACAGUCUGCAAUUUUUUGGUUUGUUCCUUUAACACAUCCCUGAUAUACAGUUAGUCCCUGUUAGGGUAAAAUUCUAACAAGCGACAUGGCCUUAAAACAGUGCAUAAGAUAGUUGAAAUGGCAACAAACGGCAUAUUUUAAGAUGAGUUAAAUACCAACAGGGACAUGGCCUACUCUUCAAACGCGCAACUACCCUAUUUGAAAUUCAGACUAGGAACAUACAUGUGUGUACCUUUCUUCCACCCCCUCCCCUUCUCAACAGGGCCCCUGCAGUGACUAACGUAUGGUUAAUACGGACAUAGGGACUUGACAUACUGUCUGUAUUAUCCAAUUAUCCAGAUGUCCGUACAAAGCGGGCUGUCAGAAGAAAAUGCCACCAACACAUUCUUUACUGAUACAAAGAUACAAAGGAGCAAUGACUGAAGCAAAAAGCCGAGGAAGUGAAACUUGUUUAAUAGGAGGCCAAAACUCUAGUAUUUGAUAAGGGUCAUACACCAGACGGAAAACUGAAUGAUCAAAGUCAAAAAUGCAGACUGCUUGCAAUAAGCACACAAUGAAAAUAUACAGUGCACACGGCAGGUAUCCUGUGUCCGCAAAGCGGGGUUUGAUAUAUGAGAGUUUGUGAUUCGGGGUUUUCUGCAUCUCAACAAUCUUUCUUGACAGAGAGGGCCAUUUGUAUUGUCGAACGAUUAAAGAAAAGUACAUGUAUGGGCUACACCGCUCUGUUUCUGAGUGCAAUCGUACAAUGUCAUAAGUCAAUUUCUUCUUCUUCUUUUUUUUUCCUGCCUUAUUUGUAGGACCACGGUUUGUUGAUACAGAAAUUUUUCUAUGUUGGCAAAGAGACGUAACAACUUCUAGUUACCCUGCGAGCACAGGUUUCUCUAAAAGAAACCAACUAGGCGACUGACAAGCGACGCGAACGACUUCGUAAACGCUAAAAGCCUCCCUCACCCCCUACCCCCGUGAACCCGAGGAGAGCUUGCUCGCAGGCCACUAAAAGCCGUGCUAGAGAGAAAAUUGUGCUCGCAGGGUAACUUCCAGUCCUCUCAAUUAAGCGGGUGACCGUAUAGCGGGGCUUCCACUGUACUUGAUGCUCGCGUUUCCAAACCCUGAUUUAUGACCAUUUCUGAUAAACUUUUCAGGUUUGUCUCCAAGUGACAGUUUUGACGAAGCAGUUGCUGAUAUGAUCCAUGAUGGAGUUAAUGAUUUGCGUUCUCUUUUGCUCAAGGCACACUUUGAGAAGGACGAAGCGGCAAAGGUACGAUUCCACAGUUUGACUUGUAGCUAGAAAAGUAGCCUCUGCUGAUAACUGUCCACUAACGGGUUAAAGCGCAGGUCAAAAGAUUACAGACAGAGCACACCGGUAGCAUGCGUAGCAAGCGUUUCCGCUUGAGUUACAGUAAAAACCCGCGACUAAGAACCUGGUUUUUAAGAACCUGCUGGGCUAAAAUUUGCCAGUAUGGCCUCCUCUAUAACAGUUCUAUACAAGAACCUCUUUAGCCUAAAAUCUGGAACAGGUUCUUAUUUUCUACAAUCUAUAAGAAAGAAUUCUGUACACUUGGGCAAAUAAUAAACAUUCCGGAUCCUUAGCUUUUCGGAGACAAUAGACCUGUGCCUUAUUACUCCAGCUGUGAUUGUACUGGUAUACAGGUUUUACCUAAGGAAUCGAAUGAGCUGAAUACCACUAUGUUCUCUUAGCUACAAUGUAUUUUUUUUUUCUUAAAAUAAAGGACCUAUUUAAGAACCUAACUAUAGCCUAAAUAGGUGCUAAAUACCAUUUAUGUAACAACCUGUUUAGGCUAACCUGGGAAAAUGCAGGUUCCCAGUCGUCGGUUUUUAAUGUAUUGCUAUCUUUCCAGCUUUCGCGCUAACUCGAGCGGAAACGCGUGCUAUGCCAUUAAAUGGCCAUAACUCUGCACAGGAAAGGAGAAGGUGUUGGGUCAACUCGAUUGGUGCAAGAUUUUUUGUUUCUUAGUCUGUUUGCUCUAUUUUUAUUUUUCAUGUACUUAUUAUCGUUUUCUUUACUAACUGGCAGAAUGUCAUAAAAUGAAAUCAUUUGAUACCUGCCUAACCGUUAUCUAUAUCUUUAUUUAAGGAGACGCAAUUGAAGGAGUUUUUCGGAACAACUCUUCCUGCCCGACUUGAGAAAUAUGACGCUCUUCUUAAAAGCAAGGAUAACGGCGAGGGGUUUUUUCUUGGAGCCAAGGUAAGUAUACGGGAUAAAUAUCAAAGGUAGAACCUGACCUAUUUGCAUUUGCUUUUGGGAUUCCGGAGCCACUCGACCCACCUCAAAUUCUCUAACCCCCCAAUACCCCCCGCCACAAGACAAUGGUGGAACGGUCGAAUUUGUACAGUAAAUAGAAAUCACUUGUCUUUGGUGAAAAUUAAUUUGAGCUACGCCCAUGACUAUUGCAAAAAGAUCAUUUCCUAUAUGCAUAGCUGAGUCGGCGAGUGGAAAAGAUGACUGAAGCGAAUCGUGCGUUCUGACUGGCUGCCCGGGCGGCCAAGAUGGGCCCAUUUUGCCCGCUCGGGAUUUCCCGCGUUGGUCCCGUAAGAAAAAGUCCUCUUUUUGGCCAUAUGAAAAAUCCUUUACUGACCACUGGCAAGCUUGUUCGGUCAAGAUGGCUGUAUAUUGGCUUCGUUCGUUUUUGCGCUUUUAUUGACCUCUAGCCUGAGUAUCAGGCCUUCCUAAGGGGUUAGGGGAGAGGAGAUUUUAGAUGGAGGAGCGGGGAGGGGGGAGCUCUCUCCCUUUGCGCUUCCAUCUUUCCCCUUUUCCGCAAGAAAUGCCUGAUACUCGGGCUAAUUGACCUCGAAGUUGGGGUUGGGGGGGGGGGACAAGUUUGUGCCUCCCAUCAUACACACGUCUGUAAAAUUUCACGGCUUUGAGGAGUUAUAUCUUUGUUAGUUUUCAGCAAAUCACUUUCAAACUAGGUAAUUUUACUAAUCUUAGUGCGCUCUUUUGAGUGGUUUCGACGGAUUUUUCCUUUUUUCCAUGCCAAAAGUUGAGAAAAAACAGUGAAAAGGUCUAUCCAAGACAGUCUUAGAUUCUGGAUUCCAGAUACUGGAUUCCAGUCUUUGUCAGUGGAACUUGGAUUCUGGAUUCCAAUCGUCAGUUGGAUUCUGGAUUCCUUGAACUGUAGUCCGGAUUCCAAAGCCCAGGAUUCCUGAUUCCACAAGCAAAAUAUUCUCGGAUUCCGGAUUCAAUCUGGAUUCUAUUACAUGGAGCGACUUAUUAUGGUUUUUUAUUCGGCCUCGCUCACUGUUAAAGUUGUUCAAACAAAACUUCUCCGUACUAAAGCGAGUAAUUCAUUUCUCUUUUCUUCUUUUCUCUAGCUCAGCUACGCCGACAUUUCGUUCGUUGAAUUUUUUAACAACUUGAGUUUGUUGGUGAAAAAGCAGAAAGAUGAAGGCAAACCAGCACCAGACCUCGAUGAGAUAUUCAAGAAAUUUCCUCUGUUAGAUGGGCAUUACAAGCGUGUGUUGGACGUGCCUGAAAUAAAGGCCUGGGUCGAGAAACGACCUGCAUCCGACUUCUAAGCCCUUUAUCGAUGUGAUACUCUUGGCAUAUGUUAACGUAGGCACAACUGUGUACAAAUAAAGUUAGGAUAUAUAUGAUUUGAGAUUUACUGGUUACUGGUUCUAAUAAACCAUUAGGCUCGAUUUCCGCCGUCUCCUGGGUCCGGUCUUUGAUCCUCCCCGAAGAGAGACGGGAGGAUGAGUGCGGGCUCAUUUUGCCGAACAGCGGCUGGUAAUCGAGUCUCAUAAACCAUGUUUUCUCGAAUUUGUGUGAACUUUAUAAUAACUGUUAUAAUGUUUCUAAUAUUUGACGUCACUGGCUUUAAGGGGGUAAAAUAGUUUCUGCAGUCAGUCAGAAUUAUCUCAGUCUUCCUAAAAAGAAAUGAUUUACCCCAAAUUAAGGUCUCACUUUAUUGGAGGAAAACUUCAAAAGCGCUCCUCCUAGUUAAACACUCUUCGAAAAACGAGCCCCUGAUCGCUGGCCGAAAUUUGAAAUGAGCGAUCGGGCGCUUAUUCGGGAAAGUUAGACCAGCUAUGAAGGAUUUUAUAUUCAAUGGUAUAUAUCACUGGUAAACUUUUAUUUUCAGCUGUUUUAUUUUUGUUGAGGACCAUGCAGAUACUUUUAUUAUCUGGGGAUGUCAAGAGAUGCCCCGCGAGCAGAAGCCCUUCGAUCUUCCUAGAUACGUCCCGACUUAUAUAUCUAGGAAGAUCGAAAGGAAGGGCCCUGCUCGCAUGGUAAUCAAGAGAAACCCUUCCGAUUCCCCGCUACACCAAUUGAAAGAGGGGAUACCGUAUUUAAAUCGUUAGAAAGGCUUCUCGCUCGAGUUCACCUUUAUACAGCAUUUUACGGGUAAUGAUUAGAAGCGAAUCCUUUUUACAUCUCAGGGACACGUCUAGGAUGUGUCGUAGUAAGCGACCUCUCGGUUAUUAAACAUUUCAAUUCUUGGUCAAAUUUAUGGUGAUAAAUAACAUAAGAGUCAUACUUCAGCUAGUCAUGUGUACUUUCAAUAUCAAGCGAGGUUCUCUGAGGGACUCGGUAAACAAACUUGUUUUCCACUUUCCAAGAACUAACUACGUGAAAAAUAGCUUUAGUUUCAGCGGUGCAACCCUUUGGAACAGUUACCCCGUAACAUUAGAGAGUCUGCUUCAUUAAAUCAAUUUAAACGCCUUCUCUAUCAUAAUUUUUAAACACGGUAUUCAUGGAAAUCAGGUUCUUAAAGUGGCAUAUUUGUUGUAAGCUAAUGUAAUGUUAGGAUUAGGAUUUUUAGAUUUUACUGAGGAUGUUAGUCAUUGUAUUGGAAUUUAUUGUACCUGAUGAAUUUUUUACCGUUUAUAAACAAUGAUUAAAGAUACGAACACAGUUUAAUUAUCUUCUUUGAGAUUUUUCCAAGUUAAGUGACGUCUAUAUACCUUGUAUAUAACACUUCGAUGAUGACUAAAAGAGGAUAAAAUUCCCGAAAAUUGCGUCAAUCCACCUCCACAUUCAUAUAGUCUGCCAAAUGAUGUUACAAGACCAAUCCGGGAAGAAUUUUAACUCUUUUUUGUUUUAAUAUUUUGUCCCAAGAAACUAAAAUGGCUACUGCAGGUCACGACGCUGAAUUCCCCUAAUUACACCUACCCAAAGGUGUCAUGGUUUUGUGUGCACCACAGGGCACCACAGGCUCUUCAGAUGUGUCCCCAUUCUACAUACAGUAGACCCUCGAUAACUCGAACUCCUUUGUCUUUUCUGCGUUGGCAAGCCUGUGUUGAGUGAUUAAAAACGUUAUAUCUUUUUACAGUUCUAUCCAGCUGGACUUCCCUUUGCAGUGCCUUCCAUUUAUUUAUUUAUUUUUUCCUUAAAAAAUGUCAUUAUAAAGCUUAUUUGACACUUUUCAGCUUCAGUUCUUUUGUUGCAAGAAAAUGAAAGCGAAGUGAAGCGAUCUGCCAUUUUUGACAAAGGAGCGAUCGCAAGAAGUUAAGAGAAAAGCGUGGUUUCGUUUACGCAUGAGCAGAAUAUUAUUGGCAGCCAAACAAAGUUGGACGACAUUGCACAUAAGCAGACCAUUAUUUGUAGGCAGUUAUUUGCAGUCACGUGGUGGGCUUUCGACCAAUAAAAAGGAAGAAAAAUUUGCAUCGAAUGAUAAUUACUGAUUUGUCCGCGCUUUGGGCAGCCUACCACGCAGACGUUAUUUUGGCUCGUCAAACAAUCCUUCCCAACGAACCGUGGGAGGCUACGCUUUGACGAAACUCAUUGUCUUCUGUUAUAAAGGUCCAUGAUUUGUUCAACCUCGCAAGUGAUUAAUAGUUGUGAAUCAGCUUUUCUGUUUACUGACUCAUUACUAGUUAGCCUUUUAAUUCCAUAUUAAGAAGCCGUUAGUAUUGGAAGGUUUGCCUAGCCUUAUGCUUGGUACAAGGUCAAUUACUUCCAACCAGUUUAGUGUGAAAUAAGGGUGAGGAUGAGGGUUGGGGAGAUUUGUGGGUUCGAAAAUAAUUUCAGUAGGAUAUUUGGUUAAAUGAAAAAGUCUGUAAGAGAAAUGGAAAUGUAACUAACUUAAAUACAGUAAAUAAAGCGAAAAGGUGUGUUCAGAGAAAACCUGCGCUACUGUUGUAGGGGUUGUCUGGGUGAUGAGUUUUGUUUUUGUUUUAUAAUUAAGCUAAAAUGAGUAUGAUAGUGUGUGAACGUGAUUGGUAUUACAGACAAGUGAAUGAGUAUUCCUCUAGCCUGGAAAAGUUGAAUCGCACAGUACGCGCUCCCCUCGUACAAGUGAAAGAAAAAGUGAAAAGUGACCUCACCGAAGGAGUUGGGAGAUUGCGGGGAGGGGUGGUGGUGGGGGGGGACAAUGGUAUGAGCAAAAGUAGCCUUCCCCUUCAGCAUCACGCAUCGUAUCUCUUUUUUCGCUUCAUAUCUACCCGCGCGUAGGAGAGAGGCGGGUUAAACGGCUGAAACAAAUUGCUUAGUCAUGAUGUGUCUACUUACAGUACUGAGCCGUCACGUUUGAUCGAGUUCGUUCGAGUGUGAUAGGGAUCCUUAGAUAAACUACCUUGGCUCCAGGGGUCUGCUCUCGAAACACAUUUGAUAAAGUAAAGCGUGCUCACACUUUGAUAAAAAAACGUCUGGCAUCCAGGGUAUUGACAAAUCUAAUAAAGACAAUAGAAGAAAAAUGGCUUCGUCCUUGCUUUUUAUCUCCUAUAAUUUUCUGCCCGUUAUACUUGCGUGACUUGCAGUGACGUGACAACCGCGUUCAUGGACGUCAGAAGCCUGAGAACAAAGUUAAAUGGCUGAGUCAUAUCGGGGGCGUCUGCCCAUAUAACCCGUAUCAUUCACACAGAGUCAAACUACAGCACAGGUAGGGAGUCGUCUGGCUCGUGUUGCAGGUGUGCUUAGAAGUAAGAAGAAGAAGAAGAAAAAGAAAAAGACCAAUAUGUCAGGUUACAAGCUUUACUAUUUUCCAGCCCGUGCUAAAGGAGAAAUAGACAGAUGGGCAUUUUCAGCGGCUAAAAUUGAUUUCGAAGACAUUCGAGUGAAUUUUGGAGAAGAAUGGCUCAAGGAAAAAGAGUGUAAGUAGAACAUAAGAACAAGUUGGUUGUUUUCUGAAUUUGGUCGAGUUCUCAGUGACAAUGAAUUAAAAGUUAUGGAAAAUGAAGCGCAUUCAACACUGCAGAGUCGCGUGCUAUGCAUACAACAAUUCUGAACAAUUUUAUCGGUUUCGUGACAGUGAUCGUUUUCGAAAACGGAUUCGUUCGAUUGCAUGAUGUGGUUUUCGUUUUGAACCUUUUCAUAAACGUAUAUUGAACAGUCCUGUUUCUUUCUUUUCCUUGGUGAACAUAUCACUUUGUUUUGUGACAAAUGUCACCAUAUAAUUAUAAAAAUUAUGUGGCCGGCCUGUGCAUAUUUAAUCGAGUUGAUUAUUCUUACACUUGGCGUCAUGCUUCCUCGCGCCUCUGAAACAAACUGCUUUGUCAUGCUUGCCGAGUGGUUAUGCUUCACAUACAUUACUCACGAUCAAAUAUCAGAAUACACCUUAAUGCACAAUGACAUAAUAUAAAAUGGUCUUUUGUCUUGAAGUGAGUCAGCAAUCAACUGCUUGUUAGCCUCCCACGCAGACGUUGUUAGGGGUUCGUCACGCGUUCCUGCUCCACGAACGGCUAACUGCUUGUAAGCUUAAAAUUCCUAUAAAUUGUGUAGUUGACCUGUUCGCAAAGAAAGUGACAGUAAAUAAGCUGAAAUAAGGCAAAUAUUAAGUGUUUUCCCACUUUGAUACGAGGUAUAAACCCACUAUAAAGUAACAAUGAACAACAACAACAACAUAAGCUUUAUUUGCAUGACUAUAAUUAUGUAGUUACAGUAUUGCAAAAGCUUUAACAUAAAAAAAAAAACAAACAAACAAACAGACAAAUCAUAACAAUGAUAAUGCAAUGCAAUGAUCACUAUAGUCAAUCAACUGUCAUCAGCAUGAUUCGAUACCAAAUUAUUACGUAAAUCAUUACAUAAUGAGACAAAUUUCAACAAAUGUGAAUUUACGGAAAAAUUCUGUGAAUUCAUCAAUUUAAUUAUUAAUUCUGUGUAAGAUAGCUGAUUAAAGUCGACAAAAUUUUGUUGUAUUUGAUUGUAGAAUUUCUCCCUUGGGAUUGAGUAUUUUGGACAAUGGAAGAGAAAAUGAAAUUCGUCUUCAAUUAUACCAGAGUUGCAAAUAGGGCAGAAUCUAUCGUUACGGGAAGUUUGAUUAUAUCUUCCAGUUUCAAUCAUGAGUUUGUGGUUACUUAUACGAAUUUUAACUAAAUCUUUCCUAUUAGCAGAAUUUCUAAUUAAGUCUAGAUAACUUGAAAUUUUAUAAUCAUGUUUAAAUAAGCUGUAAAAUUGUAGCUUCGUAGAAUGAUGGAUUGUAUGUUGCCAAUAUGCAAUAUAUUUUUGUUUUAUUAUAUCUAUAUAGUGUUUGAUCUUAGCUUCACUUAAAUUAUUAGGAUCAAAAUCAGGGAGGUCAUAAUAUUCAGAUAUUUUCAUAAGAUUAUGGUAAAAGCUAUUUUUACCAUUACAGUGAAGUUCUAGCGAAGUGCGAAAGGCUUGUUUAACAAUAGUAUCCUCGUUUUUACGCAGAAGAUACAAUGUGUAAUAAAGGAUAUUUUUAUAAAUAUUAAUGAUUAAUGGAAACCGUCCUAAUUCACUUCUACUUGCAACAUUUGAAGCUUUAUUGCUUAUUUCUAGGUAACGCUUGCAAAAUUUCAAGUGGGUUUUUUCAAUUGGGGUAUUGUCCCAAACUUUAAAAUCAUGUUUUACAUAUACACCCCAAAUUUCGCUAUUAUAUGAUAAUAUUGGGGAAAUCAUCGUUUCAAAUAUUUUGCAAGCAAGAGAAGGUUUUAAUUUGCUAAAGUUUGUGUGUUUUCUUAAACUAAAAAGAGCAUGAAGAGCCUUCUCUUUCAAGUGUUCGAGUGAGAUAUUAAAAUUACCGGUUGAGGAGAUACGGGUUCCUAAAUAUGUAUAUUCAUGGACAAUAUCAAUGGUUUCUUUACCUAUAUGGAAUAGAAACUCUGCUUUGGCCUAGGGUCCUCUCCUACUUGGCAGAGCUUGGCCCGCGUGUGCUUAAUUAGGUGCCGCAUACAUUAUGUAUACCACAGCCGGUUGGCGGGCGGGGGAGGGGAGAUGAGGAGGGAUUGUUAAAAUGUUUUGUCAGAAAACAGAGGACAUGGUGAAAAAAAAAAUUCUGAAGGCAGAAAUGGGCAUGCCAUGAAUUUUGCCAUGGGGUACUCCCUUGUUUGACUUCAACCAGGAUGUGCUGCUGAACGAGGUUUGGUUUUCAGGGUGUUGGGUCUUAAACAGGACGGGUAAACAAUAAAUUUUUUCACUAUUUAGCAUUUUGCACAGGGUGCCUUUUUGGACUGAAAGCCUGUAAAUGAGUGUGAAUUUUAAUUUGGCAUAUUGAUAUCAUGGGUGACAGUGACAAUUCACCAUUAAUUUUAAUGGUGGGUUUUUGAGUUGCUUAUUGUAUCAAGAACUCCAUGCACUGUGAAGUCUAGAGAAUAAAAUUUUUGCUUUAGUUCACGGUUCUCUUAAUUUUUUGACAAAAUACCUAAAGUCUAACCUCCACUGACAGUCACCCCUCCACAACGCGCACCCACGGCCACUUUCUUCUGUCUCCAUGGCUACCAUUGUGGACAAGUUCAACUGAAAUAAAAAAUUAGAAACCUUUUUUCUGUUAAGGAUUGUGCACUAUCAUGUGUUUAGGUUUUCUACAGCAUCUUUUUAUGCCAUGGCAUUUUUGUUUUUUUAAGUUUUAAACCCUGAUGUCGUUUUGUGAUCCUGGCACAACCUCAUUUGCACCGUUUUCUCAAACUCACCCAUGAUUGGAAUCCCCCAAUGCUCUGAGGGGACAAAACUCGCUCUUAUCUGCCCCUCCCCAAAUCGUUUAUUUGUUUAUAUCUCCCAGAAUCUACAAGGCACAUGACCAGACCCAACCAGGGUGUCUUUCUCUUGACCGCGCUCUCCUAGCAGAGAAUCCUGGGAAUCAGGUUGAUCCUGGCACAAAAAUAUACAGAACGUUAAUUGCCUUAGCAAUUUCAUCAUUUUUACAUGUAAAAUUAUAAAUGGUGAAAUCUUGUCUCAAUGAUAAGGAGUAAUUUGUCAUCCAUGAUGUUAUGGUAGAUUAAAUCUUUGAAGAUGGCCAUUUCUUUAUUCUGUUGAAACACAACCCAUUCUGAAGGGCUUUUCCCUUAAAAAAUGGGAGGGGUUGGGCAUCAGUAUACAAGGGCGCCAGUGGCAGCUGCUAUCAGUCCAUUUAUGAGCUUACUGUAACCUACCCAUUGCUCAUAAUAUGAAUGAUGAGUGCUGCGUGAAAGGUUACUAGACCACACCACCGGGGAAACUUCCCAGUAAACCAAAUAAAGAAGGUUUAAUUAGAUGUAUUUCUGGGUGUUUCAGUGUGAAUUCAUUGAUUUAGUCAACUUUUUGGCUCUAUUGCGUUACCCCUCGUAACAAGCUUGGGAUGCCUGUGGAGAUAUUAGCAUUUUUGCUAUCAUCUAAUUCGAAGUUAAAUAAAGUAUUUGAUUGAUUGAUUGAUUGAUUGAUUGAUCAUUAAUUGUUGUUGUUUUCAGCGGGCAGACCACCACUUGGUCAGAUGCCAUUUCUCGUGACUCCUGAAGGAAAAAUCCUGGCACAAUCUGGUGCCAUUAUGAAAUACAUCUGCAAGAAAGCAGGUAUGAAAACUAACAUCGGUAGUGGAGCUUUAUCUAAAAGGGCAGAAAGAGCUGGAUGUAUACAGUGUGCAAUUUUUUGGUUUGUUCUCCCUGCUGCAGUCCCCGUUAGGGUAAAAUCCUGACAAGCGACAUGGCCUUGAAACAGUGCAUAAGAUAGAUGAAAUGGCGACAAACGACAUGCUGUAAAAUUCCGAAAACAAGCCCCGGGGCUUAUAUUUUUCAAAGGCCCUUUUUGAGGGGCUUAUCUACGGAGGGAAAUUUGCGUUUCAAAAUCCGUUGGGUUAGCCUUAUAGUUGCAAGUAAACUAACUUACCGUUUUUGCUUUGUUUUACUUUGUAUUUGAGGGCAACUUUUCAAGUACAAGCCCCAGGGGCGCUUAUAUCGGAAGGGCGAUUUAACGGAGGGUUUUUUAUGUUACCGGAUUAGGGGGCUUAUAUUUGGAGGGGCUUAUUUUCAGAAUUUUACGGUAUUUAAAGAUGAGCUGAAUACCAACAGGGACAUUGCCUACUCCUCAAACACGCAACGACCGUAUUUGAAAUUCACAUUAGGAACACACAUGUGCAUAGCACCCUUCUCCCUCCUUCCCCCCCCCCCCCCCCCUCCCCCCCCCGCCCCCCAAGAGGGCCUCUACAGACUUUUUUAAUUUGGACAACAAGGGGACAUGAUAUACUGUGUGUAAUGUCCGGGUGUCCGUAUUAAGCAGGCUGUGAGAAGAAAAUGCCACGGACACAUUCUUUAUAGCCUGCGUAGCAAGCGUUUCUGUGCGGUUUAGGAGCAAAGAACGAGGAACGAGAGUCAAAGAUCGCGCGAAAAAUGGUGCAUUUCUCGCGGGGUCAAAACCGAAAGUCGCCUUCCUCGGUCUUGCUUUGCUUCGAAACCAAACGGAAACGCUUGCUACGCAGGCUACAUUCUUUACUGAUACAGAGAUACAAAGGAGCAAUUGCUGAAGCAAAAAGCCAAGGAAAUUAAGUGAAACUUGUUUAAUAGGAGGCCAAAACGCUAGUAUUUGAUAAGGGUCAAACACCGAAAGAAAAACUGAAGGAUCAAAAUCAAACAGGUCAGACUGCUUCCAAUAAGCACACAGUAAAAAUAUAACGUGCGCACGGCAGAAACCCAGAGUUUGCCAAGCGGGGUUUGACCGAUAUAUGAGUGUUUGUGACCCAAGGUACAGAAAGGUAUCCGUUGUGCUUAUUAUAUUGACCGGUGUCCGCACCAAGCGGUUUAAUUUUAGAGAAAUAAAAUGUAUGAGUUUUCUGUUAGGGCAAACGAAACAGUUUUUUUAUAUACGGAUGCCCGUAUAGAGUAUUUUCACUCACGUGGCCAGCAUCUAUCCAAAUUUAUUGCAACAAAAGAAAGCGUUUGCAUAAGAAAAGAGUUCAACUCCCAGAGGAUUGGUUUGGAACACCAACAUGGCCGCCGUUUCAUUGUUUUGGGACACCAAUAUGGCCGCCGUGACGUCAUGUGAAAACACUCUAUAGAGAGGAGACGUGUGACGUCACGUUACCAUGGUAUCAAAAUUUCUGGAUCUCAACUAUCUUUCUUGACAGAGAGGGCCAUUUGGAUUGUUGAACAAUGGAAGAAAAGUAUACGCUACCGUUUUCUUCCUGCUUGCUAUCAUGUAAAGGAAAGUCUUACUUGUAAAUUUUUUCGCUUUUUUCAGUUCGCCCGCCGUAUUUUUAGAUACAGAAAUUUUGCUACCAUGGCAAAAGGACGUGACGACUUCUAGUUACCCUGCGAGCACAGGUUUCUCUAAAACAAACCAACUACGCGACUAACAAGCGACGCGAAGGACAGUCGUAAACGCUAAACGCCUCCCCCACCUCCUACCCCCGGGAACCCUAGGAGGGCUUGCUCUCAGGUAGACCGGGGCUCCAACUGUACUUGAUGCUCGCGUUUCCAAACCCUGAUUUCCGACCAUUUCUGAUAAACUUGUCAGGUUUGUCCCCUAGUGACAGUUUUGACGAAGCAGUGGCUGACAUGAUCCAUGAUGGAGCUACUGAUUUGCGUAAUCUCUGGCUCAGAACACACUUUGAAAAGGAUGAAGCGGCAAAGGUACGAUUGACUUAACUUGUAGCUAGAAAAGUAGCCUAUAACCGUCAACUCUCGUUGACAAAAAUAUAAAUCACUUUUUUCAAACCGGUUUAAGUACAGGUGAAAGGAUUAUAAAGAGAGCAAACCGGCAGCCUGCGUAGCACUAUGCUGAAGCGUUUCCGCUCGAGUUAUUGCUCUCGUUCUGGCUUUCGCCCAUUAUUUUUACCCGGCACUUCGUGCCUUGCUCGGAAAGCUGAAUGCGUUGACCUUCGGGCGACGUUCUUUCCCACCGAACACUGGAUAAGAUUUUACCAGGUCCGUAACAAUAUCCUGUGACGAUUUAAUCGGUCAUAUUCUAUUCUACAGUAAACAAAGGCGAAUCGCGCUAUUAUAAGCUGAAAAUUUAACUGCAAUCAAGAAAACAAAUAACCCCUCUGCACCCUGUAUAACUCAAGCGGAAACGCUUGCUACGCAGGCUAGCAAACCGGUUCCAAUAAAAGCCAUUAAAUGGCAAUGAAUCGGCUCAGGAACCACACCGGAAAGAAGAAAAACUUAAGGGGUUGGGUGAUGUAGGUGAUUUGUAUUUCAUUCAGACGAUGGUAACAAUUUUUCCCUUCGAAAUAAAAUACUUAUCAAGAUGUUUUUUGUUCUUGAUCGGUUAGACUUUCCCCCAAGGUUACGUAAUCAGCCUCUGUGGUGUAGUCGUUAGGUGUAGUCGCAUCAUAGUACGCACCAAUCAUAAGGUGGGGAGGCCGGGAGAGCAGGCACCGUAGAAAGUGGAACUGUUGUAGACAUAGCGUGACAUACUGGCUACCUAUUGUAAUGGGAGAUAACAGUCGAUGAGAAUAUCAUACAAAUCACUUUGACUCUGAAGAUAACUGACUACCGCACAGGUUAUCGACACGCCAGUCACUUUCAACAACAAUCAUAUUCAGGACUACGAUCACCCGGACGAUCAUGCUCCACCUACUUAUGAAAUGACUCAUGGGUUCAAACCCCGGGGGGGUACUUUAGGAAUUUCUGGGUGGGGAUGUGCCGCUGGGUCCCUGGAACCCUUAACCUAUGCCAGAGCUAGUUCAGCUGAAUUUUGCUACCCUAUACUACAGUGAACUCCCCAAAUCCCCCCUAUCCUAGAGUAGCUGUUUUCCAGAAACUACUGAGGUCACUAGCACAGUAGUCUAGCCAAAACAAAACGUUAUACCACAAUCCCUAGUCUAGAUAAAAUCUUCAACCAACUGAUCAGUUUCCUGAAAAAUGAUACCCUAUUCUAGACCCAAACGCUCUGAUUUAUAUACCCUAUCCUAGAGUAAACUGCUUGAAAACCAUAACCUUCACAGCGGCACAUUCCUAUAUAGCCCAUAUAUGGCUAUGGCGGGGUUCAAACUUUUCACAGUGGAUACUUCGAUCGUAAUAACUGGCAAAAUGUCGCAAAAUGUAAUCAUUUUAUACCUACCUAACCGUUAUCUUUAUUAAGGAAACGAAAUUGAAGGAGUUUUUGGAAACAACUCUUCCUGCCCGACUUGAGAAAUAUGAAGCUCUUCUCAAAAGUAAGGACGAAGGCAAAGGGUUCUUUCUCGGAGCCAAAGUAAGUAAGCAUGUGGGAGAAAAACGACUUCUCCUCUCCAUUCUUUUCCAUGUUAAUUAUGUUCCCUGGCUCCCACGAGUCUCCUGUAGCUCAGUGUUAGAGGUUCUGGACUGGUAACCGGGAGGCCUAGGCUGGAGACCUGUUGGGAAAAGGGACACGCCUUUUUUCAGUCUUUUUUUUUUCUCAUUGUAUUGCCCCAUAUACGUCAAGGAAUCCAAGAAAGUCUUGGAUUCUGGAUUCCAUGCCGUGGAUUCUAGAUUCCGGGUUUUGGAUGCCAGUCUUUGUCCGCAUUCCAAUCGUUGGUGGGAUUCCGCAUUCCUUGAGCUAUAUUCCAUGUUCCACGAGCAAAAUGUUCUCGGAUUCCUUUUCAUGGGUCAACUUAAGCUUACUAUAGGUUUUCAUUCGGCCUUGUUCACUUGUUAAGUUAUUCAAAAAACAAAAACAAAAAGAACUCUAUCCUAAGCGAGUAGUUCAAUUCUCUUUUCUUUUUUCUUCAGCUCAGCUAUGCCGACCUUUCGUUCGUUGAAUUUAUUAACAGCUUCAGUUUGAUGGUGAAAAAACAGAAAGAUGAUGGUAAACCAGCACCAGACCUCGAAGAGUUAUUCAAGAAAUUUCCUCUGUUAGAUGGGCAUUACAAGCGUGUGUUGGACGUGCCUGAAAUAAAGGCCUGGGUGGAAAAACGUCCUGCAUCCGACGUAUAAGCCUCUUAUCGAUGUGAUAGAGCGAUUUUCGUAUGACCUUGAAAUGAAAACUCGCGAACAAUACAGAAACAACAAACGAACGGAAAUAGAGCGAUUUGAUUGGUUUAUAGAACGGAUACAAACGUGUUUGGUCUUUGGUUGGUUAAGCUAACGCUAGAAGUUUCUAGAAAUCAAUCGAUACUUCGCUUUGACGUCAUACUGCAGCACGAUUGGCCAAUCGAACAAUACCUUCUCCAUAUUAGGAUUUUUUGGCGGGAAAACAAAGAGUCCAUGUUUUGAUCUUUUCAUCCAUUGGCUGAUAAAACAAAUAACGAACACUUACCGAAACCAUUUUUCAAGGUCAUGCGAAAUUCGCUCUACUUAUGGCAUAUGAACGUGGGCACAACUGUGUACAAAUAAAGUUAGAACAGGAGCAUAGAAUAAAUAUUAUUUGUGAUUUACUGG